UGGCAAGGUAGAAAACUAGGUUUUCACAUAUACGUAUAAUACGUAAUCUAUGUACUAUACAUGCAUAUACGUGGAAAAUAUGCAUACAGGAAAGUGCUUUCCCAAGAUCUUACAAAGCCGAAAGCCCCAACUCACUAACUUACAGGCAACAGAUUCAUAAAUAUAUUAUAGUAUAGUGUUAAUCAUAAAAUUUAAUCAAGACGAGUAAGAGCAAAGCUGUUAAAUUCAUCGCAAAAGAAAAGAUGUGAAUUUAAAGAUUUAUUUUAAUAAUUAUAUAACAAUGGAUAAAUUAACUUUAAUUUCUGGAACAUUAUUUCUGGCAGCUGAUAUGUUUGCAAUAGUGAGUCUUGCUAUGCCUGAUUGGAUUAUAACGGAUGUUGGAGGCGAUACAAGAUUAGGAUUGAUGUGGUCCUGUAUGACUCUUUAUAAUAGACCACAAGUGUGUUAUACACCAGAUUUACAACCAGAGUGGUUAAUGGCUUUAGUAUGUAUAUUCGUCGGUUGUAUUUUAAUAACAACAACUGUGAUACUUUUAGCAAGCUCACAUUGGGACAGAAAUGUCAUCCCAUAUGCACGCUGGGUUGGAUUUACUGCAAUGGUUUUAUUUUGUUUUGCUGCUGUAAUAUUUCCCAUGGGUUUCCAUAUAGAUCAAAUUGGCGGCCAACCGUAUCAAUUACCAAACUCUCAUCAGGUUGGAAUUUCAUAUAUUUUAUUUGUUUUAGCUUUAUGGAUUACAGUCAUUUCAGAAUUAUUUGCAGGAAAAGUAUGUUUACCACAUUUUUAGCUUUCUUUUUUAUUAUACUUUCAAUUAUUAUAGCAUUAAUAUUAAAAAACUUAAACAUGCUACAUUACACCUAAUUUAAAUAAUGUAAAAAGUGGUCUGUUAGAUUAUAAUCUGCUUAUUUUAGAAAUGAAAUUUCGUAAAAUGCAAAUUAAUGCCAUUUUACAAUUAAGAUUACUUAAAAAUUGUUUUGUAUAGAAUAGAAACAUUUCCUUCAUUAUUCAAUAACUAAGAAUCCUAUAUACAUUAUUUUUUCAUCAAUUUUUAUGUAUUACCUAUAUUAUUUGUAUUAUUUUUAUUUAUUUAUUUAUUAAAAAUUUUAAUGUAAAUAUACAAUAUAUUGUAAAUAUAUUAUAUAUAAAUUUAUAUACUUACAUAUAGGCGCAAAUAUAAAUAUUAGAUUAAGCAAAAGGAUUAUAGUAUUUUUCUUCUUAUUAUAUAUACAUAAAAAGCUUUUAAAUCCUCAAAUUAAAAUAUUUUAUGUACAUAAUAAUAUUCAGAAAUAUAAAAUAAGCAAAAUAUUAACUACACAGUACCGGCAACAAUAAUUAUUUAAACUAUUCAAAGUUUCUUGAUCCCUUUUUUAAAGAGAAAAUUUCAAGCAUUAUUAUUUGCGAAUUUUAAGUCUUUCCUUAUCUUCAUUUAGAGCAUGUAAGGAACUGUAUACAUAUAUAUAUAUAUCAACUGAUUCAGUAUUUAAUAUGUUAAAAUAAUACUUAAAAUUUCAAUAUAAGAUUUAAAAUCGAAAUAUAUGCAUAUAAUUGUAAAACGUUUUAAUUGUAAUUAUUAAUUGUCCAAUUAGAUGUAAGUUAGCUUUAUUUUAAUUUACAGAUAAAUUACAAUAAAUUUUUUAAAUUGAUGUGAAAUAUAAAUUUCAAUCUUGAAAUAGUGUAAUAUCUCUUCAACGAUGAAUGUAAUAACAUAAAAGUAAUUAGUAAUUAACAAUGUUGACCUAAUAUACCUUGAAAAUGUUUCUUACGUUGAAUGUAAGUUAACAAUUAUUGUGAUAAUUUCAAAUUAAUGUAAUUUCUAAGUUGUUGUGUUACAUGAAUACACUACUUAUUCAAUUUCAUUUUUUCAAGUGUAAAAUGUAUUAUUCAUAAAUCUCUUCGUAAUAAACAUUUCAAGAUAAUUUAUCUAUGUUUUAGUCGAUUAUUAUUUAAUUUCAAUUUAAAUGACAUUGGAGAAAUAUAAUUAUAUUAAUUAUUUAUAAAAUUGUAAAUUCUUUAUAAAUCUAUAUCUGCACAUAAGUAGUAGUCAUAACUUGGAAUUUUUUGUAUCGACAUAUUUCAUGAUAAUUAUCAACCAAAAGAAUUAAAUAUUUUAAUCGAGCUGGUCGUAGAUUGAUUGCUUCGAGGAUGGAGUAAAGAUAGAGUGUACGUUUUUUAGUCAGAGAGAAAUUUUAUCAGACUCGAUACUCGAAUCAAUGUGAAAAAGAACGGUAUAUAGCUGUAAUAUGCGAUCAAUAUAAUUUAAUUCUUAAAACACAGGAUACAAAAUAAAUUCUACAAAUACAUAUUAUCAUUAUUAAAAUGACAUUAAAAAAACUGAAAAUCAGAGAUACUGAAAUAAGUAUUAUAAUUAUAGAUAAAUUAGCUUCUUUAAAAUUGUAAAGGAUAUUUAUUUUUAUAACUAUAAUUAUUUCCAAAUAUAUUUAAUAGCAAAUA